CGCGGUGUGGCUCGCUGAGCACCCCGACGUGACUCUCCCGCCGCUCAAGCUACCGAAGGUACCAGGGGGGUACGACUCCAACCCCAUCACGGCUGCUCAGAAGGAGGUCGAGGGGAAGCUGCUGCCCUACGUCGCUGAUGAGAGCGACAGCGAGGUGGAGGUCUUGGAGGGCGACAGCGACGUGGAAAUCGUGGAGGGGCAGGGGGGCGGGGGCGCCGAAGGAGAAGUAGUCGAACUUUGAAUCAUAGUUCUUGGGGAUUGCCAGUGAGAUUGGAUGUUUUUGCCAUGGUAGGGGCGCGGGCACGAAGUAGAGUUCAACCCGCCUAGGAAGUACAGUAGUAGGACGUUGGUAGCUCGUAGUGGUACUUUGGUAUGAUUUUUUACUUCGUUUUUGGUUUCAUCUGCGUUUAGAACCGUUUGCCGAUUUGCCGAUCUUGAUUCUUCAGAACGAAAAGAAGAAAACAAAGAGUACAAAUACCACAUUUUUGAACAUCGUCAUGGUGCCAAGGGCAGCAGUAGCAGUGGAGCACGCGAUUCAAGCUCCCACAGGAGUUGAACUCCUCCAGGAAGGCGGCGGUGGCUGGGCCGACGUCGAGACGACCAUGACCAGCACGGACGAGUUCAGCGGAAACGGCGGGGCGUUCGUUGCACCCCUGGGUGGCGGCACCUCCUCCGUGGAUUCGACGAAGGGCUUGGAGAAGGACGAGGCGUUCUUCGCUACGGGGGAUGCCGACACAAGGGGAGUUGAACUCCUCCAGGAAGGCGGCGGUGGCUGGGCCGACGUCGAGACGACCAUGACCAGCACGGACGAGUUCAGCGGAAACGGCGGGGCGUUCGUUGCACCCCUGGGUGGCGGCACCUCCUCCGUGGAUUCGACGAAGGGCUUGGAGAAGGACGAGGCGUUCUUCGCUACGGGGGAUGCCGACACAAGGAUGGAGCACCACCAGCACCAGCACCCGCCCGACUGGAUGAGAGCCUUCGAGAGGUUCCGUCCCAGGACUAGCGGCCGCAAGCUCCUAGGCAUGGCCAAGGCCUCCACCCGCGGCGGCGGCGUUGUCCGACGGUUGCUGACCAAGGGAGCUAUUUACCGAAUAUGA